CAACUCACAAUCGACACAAACACAGUGAACACAAACCUCCAACUGUCUGACAACAACAGGAAGGUGACACGUGUGGAGGAGGUUCAGCCAUAUCCUGAUCAUCCAGACAGAUUAGAUGUUUGGCCUCAGCUGCUGUGUAGAAAUGGUCUGACUGGUCGCUGUUACUGGGAGGUCGAGUGGAGAGGAGACGUUGAUAUAUCAGUGAGUUACAGAAGCAUCAGAAGGAAAGGAGGCAGUGAUGACUGUAGGUUUGGACACAAUGAUCAUUCCUGGAGUCUGAGCUGCUCUGAUAAUGGUCCUCGUUAUGUUUGGCACAAUAACAGACGAACACCCAUCUCCUCCUCCCCCUCCUCCUCUGUCUCUAACAGAGCAGCAGUGUAUGUGGACUGUCUUGCUGGCACUCUGUCCUUCUACAGAGUCUCCUCUGACACUCUGAUCCACCUCCACACCUUCAACACCACAUUCACUCAAACUCUUUAUCCUGGGUUUUGGUUCUGUGAUAACCAGGCAGGACUGAAACACAUCCAAGCUGUCACCACGGUAACAGCACCGUCCAUCCACAGGUGA